AUGGCUGCAGUUGUAUCAGAUAUAGAAGGUGGUGAUGGACUGCAGCUUAGGAAGGAACAUACUCUCAAAAUUUUUGCUUAUAUCAAUUCCUGGACACAAAGGCAAUGUCUAUGCUGCUUCAAGGAAUAUAAGCAUUUGGAGAUUUUUAACCAAGUAGUGUGUGCACUUAUUAACUUAGUGAUUGCCCAAGUUCAAGUGCUCCGGGACCAGCUUUGUAAACAUUGUACUACUAUUAACAUAGAUUCCACGUGGCAAGAUGAGAGUAAUCAAGCGGAAGAACCACUGAAUAUAGAUAGAGAGUGUAAUGAAGGAAGUACAGAAAGACAAAAGUCAAUAGAAAAGAAACCAAACUCUACAAGAAUUUGUAAUCUGACUGAGGAGGAAUCUUCAAAGAGCUCUGAUCCCUUUAGUUUAUGGAGUACAGAUGAGAAGGAAAAACUCUUACUAUGUGUAGCAAAAAUUUUUCAAAUUCAGUUUCCCUUAUAUACUGCUUAUAAACAUAAUACUCAUCCUACUAUAGAGGAUAUAUCAACUCAAGAAAGUAACAUAUUAGGGGCAUUCUGUGAUAUGAAUGAUGUAGAAGUACCUUUGCAUUUGCUUCGGUAUGUCUGUUUGUUCUGUGGGAAAAAUGGCCUUUCUCUCAUGAAGGAUUGCUUUGAAUAUGGAACCCCUGAAACUUUGCCAUUUCUUAUAGCACAUGCAUUUAUUACAGUUGUGUCUAAUAUUAGAAUAUGGCUACAUAUCCCUGCUGUAAUGCAGCACAUCAUACCUUUUAGAACUUAUGUUAUCAGGUAUUUAUGCAAGCUCUCUGAUCAAGAGUUGAGACAGAGUGCAGCUCGUAACAUGGCUGAUUUAAUGUGGAGCACAGUGAAAGAACCAUUGGAUACAACAUUGUGCUUUGAUAAAGAAAGCCUGGAUCUUGCAUUUAAGUACUUCAUGUCACCUACUUUGACUAUGAGGUUGGCUGGAUUGAGUCAGAUAACAAAUCAACUUCACACCUUCAAUGAUGUGUGCAAUAAUGAAUCAUUGGUAUCAGACACAGAAACGUCCAUUGCAAAAGAACUUGCAGACUGGCUUAUUAGCAACAAUGUAGUGGAGCAUAUAUUUGGACCAAAUUUACAUAUUGAGAUUAUCAAACAGUGCCAAGUGAUUUUGAAUUUCUUGGCAGCAGAAGGGCGGUUGAGCACUCAGCAUAUUGACUGUAUUUGGGCUGCAGCACAGUUGAAACAUUGUAGUCGGUAUAUUCAUGAUUUAUUUCCAUCACUUAUCAAAAAUUUGGAUCCUGUACCACUUAGACAUCUCCUUAAUUUGGUCUCCGCUCUUGAGCCAAGCGUUCAUACUGAACAGACAUUGUACUUGGCGUCCAUGUUAAUUAAAGCAUUGUGGAAUAAUGCAUUGGCAGCUAAGGCUCAACUCUCCAAACAGAGUUCUUUUGCAUCUUUAUUGAACACUAAUAUUCCCAUUGGAAAUAAGAAAGAGGAGGAAGAACUCAGAAGAGCAGCACCAUCUCCUUGGUCACCUGCAGCAAGUCCUCAAAGCAGUGAUAAUAGUGAUACACAUCAAAGUGGAGGUAGUGACAUUGAAAUGGAUGAGCAACUUAUUAAUAGAACCAAGCAUGUGCAGCAGCGACUUUCAGACACAGAGGAAUCCAUGCAAGGAAGUUCUGAUGAAACUGCCAACAGUGGUGAAGAUGGAAGCAGUGGUCCUGGUAGCAGUAGUGGACAUAGUGAUGGAUCUAGCAAUGAGGUCAAUUCUAGCCAUGCAAGCCAGUCAGCUGGGAGCCCUGGAAGUGAGGUACAGUCAGAAGAUAUUGCAGAUAUUGAAGCUCUUAAAGAAGAAGAUGAAGAUGAUGAUCGCGGCCAUAGUCCUCCCAAAAGCAGUUGUGGAACAGAGCUUCGAAACAGAAAGUUAGAAAGUCAAGCAGGCAUUUGCUUAGGGGAAUCCCAAGGUCCAUCUGAAAGAAAUGGGACAAGCAAUGGAACGGGAAAGGACUUAGUUUUUAACACUGAGUCUUUGCCAUCAGUAGAUAACCGGAUACGAAUGCUUGAUGCCUGUGCUCAUUCUGAAGACACAGAACAUGAUAUUUCAGGGGAAAUGAAUGCUGCUCACAUAGCACAAGGUUCUCAGGAGUCUUGUAUCACACGAACUGGGGAUUUCCUUGGGGAGACUAUUGGGAAUGAAUUAUUUAAUUGUCGCCAGUUUAUUGGCCCACAGCAUCACCACCACCAUCACCAUCACCACCACCACCACCACCACCACCAUGAUGGGCAUAUGGUUGAUGAUAUGUUAAGUGCAGAUGAUGUUAGUUGCAGUAGUUCGCAGGUCAGUGCAAAAUCAGAAAAAAACAUGGCUGACUUUGAUGGUGAAGAAUCUGGAUGUGAAGAAGAAUUAGUUCAAAUUAAUUCACAUGCAGAACUAACAUCUCAUCUCCAACAACAUCUUCCCAAUUUGGCAUCUAUUUACCAUGAACAUCUUAGUCAAGGACCUGCUGUUCAUAAACAUCAAUUUAACAGUAAUGCUGUGACAGAUAUUAAUUUGGAUAAUGUUUGCAAGAAAGGAAACACUUUGUUGUGGGAUAUAGUGCAAGAUGAUGAUGCAGUUAAUCUUUCUGAAGGACUCAUAAAUGAAGCAGAGAAACUUCUUUGUUCUUUAGUAUGUUGGUUUACGGAUAGACAGAUUCGAAUGAGAUUUAUUGAAGGUUGCCUUGAAAAUUUAGCAAACAACAGAUCAGUAGUAAUUUCCCUUCGUCUUCUUCCAAAACUGUUUGGUACCUUUCAGCAAUUUGGGAGCAGUUAUGAUACCCAUUGGAUUACAAUGUACAGCCAUAGUGCUGAAGUUCAAGUUCGACUUCAAUUCUUGACUUGUGUAUUUUCAACUCUGGGAUCACCUGAUCAUUUCAGAUUAAGUUUAGAACAAGUUGACAUUUUAUGGCAUUGUUUAGUGGAAGAUUCUGAGUGCUAUGAUGAUGCACUCCAUUGGUUUUUAAAUCAAGUUCGAAGUAAAGAUCAACAUGCCAUGGGAAUGGAAACCUACAAACAUCUCUUCUUGGAGAAGAUGCCCCAGCUAAAACCAGAAACGAUUAGCAUGACUGGUUUAAACCUGUUUCAGCAUUUGUGUAACUUGGCUAGAUUGGCUACCAGUGCCUACGAUGGUGGUUCAAACUCUGAGCUAUGUGGUAUGGAUCAAUUUUGGGGCAUUGCUUUAAGAGCACAGUCUGGUGAUGUCAGUCGAGCAGCCAUUCAGUAUAUUAACUCCUAUUACAUUAAUGGUAAAACGGGUUUGGAGAAGGAGCAAGAAUUCAUUAGUAAGUGCAUGGAAAGUCUUAUGAUAGCUUCUAGCAGUCUUGAACAAGAAUCACACUCAAGUCUAACAGUUAUAGAAAGAGGAUUGCUUAUGCUGAAGACACAUUUGGAAGCAUUUAGGAGAAGGUUUGCAUAUCAUCUGAGACAGUGGCAAAUAGAAGGCACCGGUAUUAGUAGUCAUUUGAAAGCGCUAAGUGACAAACAGUCUUUGCCCUUAAGGGUUGUAUGCCAGCCAGCUGGACUUCCUGAUAAGAUGACUAUUGAAAUGUAUCCUAGUGACCAGGUAGCAGAUCUUAGGGCUGAAGUAACUCAUUGGUAUGAAAAUUUACAGAAAGAACAAAUAAAUCAACAAGCUCAACUUCAAGAGUUUGGUCAAAGCAGCAGAAAGGCAGAGUUUCCUGGUGGCCUCAUGGGACCUGUCAGGAUGAUUUCAUCUGGACAUGAGUUAACAACAGAUUAUGAUGAAAAAGCACUUCAUGAGCUUGGUUUUAAGGAUAUGCAGAUGGUGUUUGUAUCUUUGGGUGCACCAAGAAGAGAACGAAAAGGGGAAGGUGUUCAACUACCUGCAUCUUGCUUGCCACCCCCUCAGAAGGACAACAUUCCAAUGCUUUUGCUUUUACAAGAGCCUCACUUAACUACUCUAUUUGAUUUGCUAGAAAUGCUUGCAACAUUCAAACCGCCCUCAGGAAAAGUGGCAGUGGAUGAUAGUGAGAGCUUAAGAUGUGAGGAACUUCAUCUUCAUGCAGAAAAUCUAUCUAGGCGUGUCUGGGAGCUGCUGAUGCUUCUUCCUACGUGUCCAAAUAUGCUGAUGGCAUUCCAAAAUAUCUCAGAUGAACAGAGUAAUGAUGGACUUAAUUGGAAGGAACUUCUCAAAAUUAAAAGUGCUCAUAAACUCUUAUAUGCACUGGAAAUUAUUGAAGCCCUGGGAAAACCUAACAGAAGAAUCAGGAGAGAGUCAACGGGAAGUUACAGUGACCUUUAUCCAGAUUCUGAUGAUUCAAGUGAGGAUCAGGUGGAAAAUAGUAAAAAUUCCUGGAGUUGCAAGUUUGUUGCUGCUGGGGGGCUUCAACAAUUACUAGAAAUUUUUAACUCUGCAAUUCUAGAGCCUAAAGAUCAGGAAUCUUGGACUGUGGUGUUUCUUGUUCUUGUCCAAGGAACCAGUUUGAUUCAGCGACUUAUGUCUGUUGCUUAUACAUAUGAUAAUCUGGCUCCUAGAGUUUUGAAAGCUCAGACUGAUCACAGAUCUAGGCAUGAAGUUUCACAUUAUUCAAUGUGGCUCCUGGUCAGCUGGGCCCAUUGCUGUUCUUUAGUGAAAUCUAGCCUUGCUGAUAGUGAUUAUUUACAAGAUUGGCUGAAAAAACUGACUCUCCUUAUUCCUGAGACUGCAGUUCGUCAUGAAUCUUGCAAUGGUCUCUAUAAGUUAUCUCUGUCAGGCCUAGAUGGAGGAGACUCAAUCCAUCGCUCUUUUCUUCUUUUGGCUGCCUCAACAUUGUUGAAAUUUCUUCCUGAUGCUCAAGCACUCAAACCUAUCAGGAUAGAUGAUUAUGAGGAAGAACCAAUGUUAAAACCUGGAUGCAAAGAAUAUUUUUGGUUGCUGUGCAAAUUAGUUGAUAACAUACAUAUAAAGGAUGCUAGUCAGGAGUUUUUAAGAGAUAUCUUCAAUCUCUUGUUUUUAUUGCCCAGUCUCAAAGAUAGACAACAGCCAAAAUGCAAAUCACAUUCUUCGAGAGCAGCUGCUUAUGAUUUGUUAGUAGAAAUGGUGAAGGGUUCUGUUGAAAACUACAGGCUAAUACACAACUGGGUUAUGGCACAACACAUGCAGUCCCAUGCACCUUAUAAGUGGGACUAUUGGCCUCAUGAGGAUGUUCGUGCAGAAUGUAGAUUUGUUGGCCUGACUAACCUUGGAGCUACUUGUUACUUGGCUUCCACUAUUCAACAACUGUAUAUGAUUCCUGAAGCAAGACAGGCUGUCUUUACUGCUAAGUAUUCAGAAGAUAUGAAGCACAAAACUACUCUUCUGGAGCUUCAGAAAAUGUUUACAUAUUUAAUGGAGAGUGAAUGCAAAGCAUAUAAUCCUCGGCCGUUUUGUAAAACAUACACAAUGGAUAAACAGCCUCUGAAUACUGGAGAGCAGAAGGAUAUGACAGAAUUUUUUACUGAUCUGAUCACUAAAAUUGAAGAAAUGUCUCCAGAACUGAAAAAUACCGUGAAGAGUUUAUUUGGAGGUGUAAUUACCAACAAUGUUGUGUCCUUAGAUUGUGAACAUGUUAGUCAAACUGCUGAAGAGUUUUAUACUGUGAGGUGCCAGGUGGCCGAUAUGAAAAACAUUUAUGAAUCUCUUGAUGAAGUUACUAUUAAAGACACUUUAGAAGGUGACAACAUGUAUACUUGUUCUCACUGUGGGAAGAAAGUCCGAGCUGAGAAAAGGGCAUGUUUUAAGAAAUUACCUCGAAUUCUGAGUUUCAAUACUAUGAGGUAUACAUUUAAUAUGGUCACGAUGAUGAAAGAGAAAGUGAAUACACACUUUUCCUUCCCCUUACGGUUGGAUAUGACACCAUAUACAGAAGAUUUUCUUAUGGGAAAGAGUGACAGGAAAGAAGGUUUUAAGGAAGUCAGUGAUCAGUCAAAAGACACAGAGAGCUAUGAGUAUGACUUGAUAGGAGUGACGGUUCACACAGGAACGGCAGACGGUGGACACUAUUACAGCUUCAUUAGAGAUAUAGUCAAUCCACAUGCAUAUAAAAACAACAAGUGGUAUCUUUUUAAUGAUGCUGAGGUAAAACCUUUUGAUUCUGCACAACUUGCUUCUGAAUGUUUUGGUGGUGAGAUGACAACGAAGACUUACGAUUCUGUCACAGAUAAAUUCAUGGAUUUCUCUUUUGAAAAGACACAUAGUGCAUAUAUGCUGUUUUACAAACGCAUGGAACCAGAAGAAGAAAAUGGUAGAGAAUAUAAAUUUGAUGUUUCAUCAGAGUUACUAGAGUGGAUUUGGCAUGAUAAUAUGCAGUUUCUUCAAGACAAAAACAUUUUUGAACACACAUAUUUUGGGUUUAUGUGGCAGUUGUGUAGUUGUAUUCCAAGUACAUUACCUGAUCCUAAAGCUGUAUCCCUAAUGACAGCAAAGUUAAGCACUUCCUUUGUCCUAGAGACAUUUAUUCAUUCAAAAGAGAAGCCUACAAUGCUUCAGUGGAUUGAAUUAUUGACCAAACAGUUUAAUAAUAGCCAAGCAGCUUGUGAGUGGUUUUUAGAUCGCAUGGCUGAUGAUGACUGGUGGCCAAUGCAAAUCCUAAUUAAGUGUCCUAAUCAAAUUGUGAGACAGAUGUUUCAACGCUUAUGUAUACAUGUGAUUCAAAGGUUGAGACCUGUGCACGCUCAUUUCUAUCUGCAGCCAGGGAUGGAAGAUGGGUCUGAUGAUAUGGAUGCCUCAGUAGAAGAUAUUGGUGGUCGUUCCUGUGUCACUCGAUUUGUGAGAACUCUGUUAUUAAUUAUGGAACAUGGUGUAAAACCUCAUAGUAAACAUCUUACAGAGUAUUUUGCCUUCCUUUACGAAUUUGCCAAAAUGGGUGAAGAAGAGAGCCAGUUUUUGCUUUCCUUGCAAGCCAUAUCUACAAUGGUACAUUUUUAUAUGGGAACCAAAGGACCUGAAAAUCCUCAAGUUGAAGUACUGUCAGAAGAAGAAGGAGAAGAAGAAGAAGAAGAAGAAGAUAUCCUCUCUCUGGCAGAAGAAAAAUACAGACCAGCUGCCCUUGAAAAGAUGAUAGCUUUAGUUGCUCUUUUGGUUGAACAGUCUCGCUCAGAAAGGCAUUUGACAUUAUCACAGACUGACAUGGCAUCAUUAACAGGAGGAAAGGGAUUUCCCUUCUUAUUUCAACAUAUUCGUGAUGGCAUCAAUAUAAGACAAACUUGUAAUCUAAUUUUCAGCCUGUGUCGAUACAAUAAUCGACUUGCCGAACAUAUUGUAUCUAUGCUUUUCACAUCAAUAGCAAAGUUGACUCCUGAGGCUGCCAAUCCUUUCUUUAAAUUGUUAACUAUGCUAAUGGAAUUUGCUGGUGGUCCUCCAGGCAUGCCUCCCUUUGCAUCUUACAUUCUGCAAAGGAUAUGGGAGGUGAUUGAAUACAAUCCCUCUCAGUGUCUGGAUUGGUUGGCAGUACAGACACCCCGAAAUAAACUGGCACACAGCUGGGUCCUACAGAAUAUGGAAAACUGGGUUGAGCGUUUUCUUUUGGCUCACAAUUAUCCUAGAGUCAGGACUUCUGCAGCUUAUCUUCUGGUGUCCCUUAUACCAAGCAAUUCAUUCCGCCAGAUGUUCCGGUCAACAAGGUCUUUGCACAUCCCAACCCGUGACCUUCCACUCAGUCCAGACACAACAGUAGUCCUACAUCAGGUCUACAACGUACUCCUUGGUUUGCUCUCAAGAGCCAAACUUUAUGUUGAUGCUGCUGUUCAUGGCACUACAAAGUUAGUGCCCUAUUUUAGCUUUAUGACUUACUGUUUAAUUUCCAAAACUGAGAAGCUGAUGUUUUCCACAUAUUUCAUGGAUUUGUGGAACCUUUUCCAGCCUAAACUUUCUGAGCCAGCAAUAGCUACAAAUCACAAUAAACAGGCUUUGCUUUCAUUUUGGUACAAUGUGUGUGCUGACUGUCCAGAGAAUAUCCGCCUUAUUGUUCAAAACCCAGUGGUAACCAAGAACAUUGCCUUCAAUUACAUCCUUGCUGACCAUGAUGAUCAGGAUGUGGUGCUUUUUAACCGUGGGAUGCUGCCUGCCUACUACGGCAUUCUGAGGCUCUGCUGUGAGCAAUCUCCUGCAUUCACACGACAGCUGGCUUCUCACCAGAACAUCCAGUGGGCCUUUAAGAAUCUUACACCACAUGCCAGCCAAUACCCUGGAGCAGUAGAAGAAUUAUUUAAUUUGAUGCAGCUAUUUAUAGCUCAGAGGCCUGACCUGAGAGAAGAAGAAUUAGAAGAUAUUAAACAGUUUAAGAAAACAACCAUAAGUUGUUACUUACGUUGUUUAGAUGGCCGUUCCUGCUGGACUACUUUAAUAAGUGCCUUCAGAAUACUAUUAGAAUCUGAUGAAGACAGGCUUCUUGUUAUAUUUAACCGAGGGUUGAUCUUGAUGACUGAGGGAAGCACAAUGGCUCCAUGCUGUGGUGCCCACCUGUCAUCUCCAGUGACGUGUGGAAACACAAAUGUGAAACAAGCGUUAAUCCAGUGGCAGGAACGAAUUGAAUUUGCCCAUAAACUGUUAACUCUUCUUAAUUCCUAUAGCCCCCCAGAGCUAAGAAAUGCCUGUAUAGAUGUCCUCAAGGAACUUGUGCUUUUGAGUCCCCAUGAUUUUCUUCAUACUCUGGUUCCAUUUCUACAACACAACCAUUGUACUUACCAUCACAGUAACAUACCAAUGUCUCUUGGACCUUAUUUCCCUUGUCGAGAAAAUAUCAAGCUAAUAGGAGGGAAAAGCAAUAUUCGGCCUCCGCGCCCUGAACUCAAUAUGUGCCUCUUGCCCACAAUGGUGGAAACCAGUAAGGGCAAAGAUGACGUUUAUGAUCGUAUGCUGCUAGACUACUUCUUUUCUUAUCAUCAGUUCAUCCAUCUAUUAUGCCGAGUUGCAAUCAACUGUGAAAAAUUUACUGAAACAUUAGUUAAGCUGAGUGUCCUAGUUGCCUAUGAAGGCUUGCCACUUCAUCUUGCACUGGCUCCCAAACUUUGGACUGAGCUAUGCCAGACUCAGUCUGCCAUGUCAAAAAACUGCAUCAAGCUUUUGUGUGAAGAUCCUGUUUUCGCUGAAUAUAUUAAAUGUAUCCUAAUGGAUGAAAGAACCUUUCUAAACAACAAUAUAGUCUACACAUUCAUGACACAUUUCCUUCUAAAGGUUCAAAGUCAAGUGUUUUCUGAAGCAAACUGUGCCAAUUUGAUCAGUACCCUUAUUACAAACUUGAUAAAUCAGUAUCAAAACCUACAAUCUGAUUUUACCAACCGAGUUGAAAUUUCCAAAGCAAGUGCUUCUUUAAAUGGGGACCUACGGGCACUUGCUUUACUCCUGUCAGUACACACUCCCAAACAAUUAAACCCAGCUCUAAUCCCAACUCUGCAAGAGCUUUUAAGCAAAUGUAGAAUGUGUCUACAACAGAGAAACUCACUCCAAGAGCAAGAAGCCAAAGAAAGAAAAACUAAAGAUGAUGAAGGGGCAACUCCUGUUAAAAGAAGGCGUGUUAGCAGUGAUGAGGAGCACACUGUAGACAGCUGCACCAGCGACAUCAAAGCAGAGACGAGGGAGGUCCUGACCCCAACCAGCACUUCAGACAAUGAGACAAGAGACUCUUCAAUUAUUGAUCCAGGCACUGAGCAAGAUCUUCCUUCCCCUGAAAAUAGUUCUGUUAAAGAAUACCGAAUGGAAGUUCCAUCUUCGUUUUCAGAAGACAUGGCAAACAUCAGGUCACAGCAUACAGAAGAACAGUCCAACAAUGGUAGAUUUGAAGAUUGUAAAGAAUUUAAAGACCUCCACUGUUCCAAGGAUUCUACCAUAGCUGAAGAAGAACCUGAGUUCCCUUCUACUUCCAUCUCUGCUGUUCUGUCUGACUUAGCUGACUUGAGAAGCUGUGAUGGUCAAGCUUUGUCCUCCCCAGACCCUGAAGCUGCUUUGUCACUCAGUUGUGGCCAUUCCAGAGGACACUUUAGUCACAUGCAGCAACAUGACAUUUUAGAUACCCUGUGUAGGACCAUUGAAUCUACAAUCCACAUGGUCACAAGGAUAUCUGGCAAAGGAAACCAAGCUGCUUCUUGACAUUAGAUGUAGCAUGUCUACUUUUAAGUCCCUUCUCCUGAUGCUGUUUGUAUAAGUUUUGCUUAUUUGUUUUUGUGCUUCAGUUUGUCCAGUGCUCUCUGCUUGAAUGGCAAGAUAGAUUUAUAGGCUUAAUUCUUGGUCAGGCAGAACUCCAGAUGAAAAAAAAAAAAAAACAAAACUUGCAUCUUCAGUAACUUUCUAAAGGGCAAUCAGAUAAUGAAUAUGUUUUAUGUAAUUAAGAGUUCACUGUAGUGGCUUUUGUUUAAUAUGGCUGUCUGGGAGAAACAGGGUUCCCUAGCCCUGUAAAAUGUAAUUUAAACUUACAGCAUUUUUACUGUGUAUAAUAUGGUGUCCUCUGUGCCAGUUUUGUACCUUAUAAUAGAGGCAGAUUGCCUCCAAUCGCUGUGGUUCUUAUUAUCAAAAUUAAGUUUACUUGUAUACGGAACAACCACAAGAAAUUUGAUUCUGUAAAGAAUCCUCUUUAGCUGUGGCCUGGCAGUAUAUAAAUGGUGCUUUAUUUAACAGAAUACCUGUGGAGGAAAUAAAGCACACUUGAUGUAAAAAUAAUUGUUUUAUUUUUAUUGACAUGACUGCUAUUCUGUGCACUUAAUUAAAUUGAUUGUGAUGACUUUU